UUCGAUCGUCAACGCCCUGUGUGCGCCGGGUUUGCCCAGUGGCACCGUUUCGGUGAAAAUAGUCCUCAAAAAUUGUGUGUGGCGUCUUUCAGCCAUCGACAGCGGGGGACGUCAGCCAUGCAGACCAUCAAGUGUGUGGUGGUUGGUGACGGUGCAGUCGGAAAAACCUGUCUGCUCAUCUCCUACACAACAAACCGAUUUCCAUCAGAGUAUGUGCCAACGGUGUUUGACAACUACGCAGUGACUGUGAUGAUCGGCGGAGAGCCGUACACGUUGGGCCUGUUCGACACGGCCGGCCAGGAGGACUACGACCGGCUGCGGCCGCUCUCCUACCCGCAGACGGACGUCUUCCUCGUCUGCUUCUCGGUCGUCUCUCCCUCCUCCUUCGAGAACGUCAAGGAGAAGUGGGUGCCGGAGAUCACGCACCACUGUCAGAAGACGCCGUUCCUGCUGGUGGGCACGCAGAUCGACCUGCGAGACGACGCGGCCACCAACGAGAAGCUGGCCAAGAACAAGCAGCGGCCCAUCUCGCUCGAGUACGGCGACAAGCUGGCGCGCGAGCUCAAGGCCGUCAAAUACGUCGAGUGCUCGGCGCUGACGCAGAAAGGUUUGAAGAACGUGUUUGACGAGGCGAUACUGGCCGCUCUGGAGCCGCCCGAGCCGCCCAGGAAAAAACGCUGCGCCAUUUUGUAAUGCCUGCUGUCGCUGCCCGGGCGCGCCGAGCCGCGAAGAGAGCGCGUCUGGAGAUGGGAGGCGUUCGGCCCCGGGCGACGGUCGGAGAAGACCGGCCGGUGCAGCGCUCCCGGCUGACCAAUGUGGCGCGUGACCGCGCGCGGCGUGCGCUGGCGGGGCUGUACCACCCGCCAGCCGUACUCUAGAAAAUCGACUCUAUUUAUACAUAGCCGGCUGCCUGUCGGCCGGUGGCGUGGUCGCGGCGUGCUGCAGCGGCGAGCCGGCGGCUCCCCGUCGCCCGCUCCUGCUCCUGAGUGGUGAGGCGUGUGCUAUCCCGCGGACCGAGGUGCCGUGCGCGAGUGAGCGCGUGGAGCGUGCCGCCCGCCGGCCCAGCGGACGGGCCGGUGGCGCGUGCGGUACCCGCCCGGCGCGGACCCCCGGCCGGCCGCGCGGCGGCCACGGCCGGUGUGGUGACCGCCAGGAUUGUGAGGGCGCGAUCCUACGACUGAAUGGUCGGUCGUCUACGAAAUUCUCGUGCACAUUUACAGAUGGAGGUCCUAGUAAAUUGAACGAGUCGAAGGAUGGACGUUUAUUUACGUACUAACUAUAUGGGCGCUGUAAAUAUGUUUGUCAUCUGGUGCAUUGGUGAACUUGUUUUCGUAACACCGUGUCGCUUCGCCGAAAUGUUCUGUCCAGAUUUAUACAUAAUUGAUUAAAAUAAACAUACUACAAUUGAA